AAGAUGGCCGGUUCCAAAAGUGGCGACAGAGAGAGAGCGUUUUAAAGCGAAAGCAUAGCGUAAUAGCAUAACUGAGAAGGCAAAGGAGUGAAGGCAAGAGUGGAAGGUAGAGUAGCAGAUCCAAUCGUGUGCGGCAAUGCCUCACCGUAACAAUCCUGCGUCUCUGCCCCUCGUCGUCACCCUAAACUGCAUCGACGACUGUUCUCUCGAGCUCCAAUCCCUCGCCGGCGUCGCCGGCGUCGAGCAUGUUCCCCUCAGCCGCCUCUCCGAAGGCAAGAUCGAGUCUGCUGCCGCGGUCCUCCUGCACUCCCUUGCCUACCUCCCGCGCGCCGCCCAGCGCCGCCUCCGUUCCUACCACCUCAUACUCUGCCUCGGCUCCGCCGACCGAGCCGUCGACUCCGCCCUCGCCGCUGACCUCGGCCUUCGCCUCGUCCACGUCGACACCUCGCGCGCCGAGGAGAUCGCCGACACCGUCAUGGCGCUCUUCCUCGGCCUCCUCCGCCGCACGCACCUCCUCUCUCGCCACGCUCUCUCCGCCUCCGGCUGGCUCGGCUCCGUCCAGCCUCUCUGCCGUGGGAUGCGCCGCUGCCGCGGCCUCGUUCUCGGCAUCGUCGGAAUUUCCGCGUCGGCUAGGUCUUUGGCCACUCGCAGCUUGGCCUUCAAAAUGAGCGUGCUCUAUUUUGAUACUCAAGCAGGAAAAGGAAAAGCAAAGUUCCCUCCUGCAGCACGAAGAAUGGAUACUCUUAAUGAUUUACUUGCUGCAAGUGACCUUGUAUCACUCCAUUGUGCUUUAACAAAUGAAACAAUGCAGAUUAUUAAUGCCGAAUGUCUUCAACAUGUGAAGCCUGGAGCUUUUCUUGUAAAUACGGGCAGUAGUCAGCUUUUGGAUGAUUGUGCUGUAAAGCAGCUCUUGAUUGAUGGAACCUUAGCUGGAUGUGCUUUGGAUGGUGCAGAAGGGCCCCAAUGGAUGGAAGCAUGGGUGAAGGAGAUGCCUAAUGUAUUGAUACUUCCCCGAAGUGCAGAUUACAGUGAAGAGGUUUGGAUGGAGAUAAGGGAGAAAGCGAUAUCCAUAUUACAAACAUUCUUCAUUGAUGGAAUUAUUCCAAAGAAUGCCAUGUCAGAUGUUGAAGAAGAGAGUGAGGUUGACAAUGAAAGCGAACAAUCUGAUCAGCAAUACAAAGAAAAUGCUCUCCAGAUUAUUGUUAGAGAGCAAACAGAUGAUGUUCACUUAAGUCCUGAUAGUUCCCAAAAGAAAGGAAGUACUCAAGUGAAAGAGUCUUCAUCCCAGCUUCAGGUUUCAAGUUUGUCUCAAAGUACCUCUGCUAGGUCUGAAGGAAGGCGUAGCAGGUCAGGUAAAAAGGCCAAAAAAAGGCAUACCCGUCAAAAGUCCCAACAAAAACCAGAAGAUCCUUCUGCACUGGAGAAAGAAGGGACAUCUCAGAGAGAUGACACUGCUAUGAGUGGCACUGACCAAGCUUUGAGCUCCAGCUCUGAAGAUUCAAGAAGUAGAAAAACUCCAAUAGAGAUGCAAGAACCAACUAGUUCUCAAGUUAUAAAAUCAACUGUGAGACUUAGUGGAAACUGUACUGAACUAUUGAGAGAUGGAUAUGUUAUAGCACUGUAUGCUAGAGACCGCCCUGCCCUUCAUGUUUCAAGGCAAAGAGUUAAAGGUGGAGGUUGGAUCAUGGAUUCCAUGUCUAAUGUGUCAAAAAGAGACCCUGCUGCACAGUUCCUUAUCAUCUUCAGAAGCAAGGACACAAUUGGAUUGCGAUCUCUUGCUGCUGGUGGUAAAUUAUUGCAGAUCAAUAGAAGAAUGGAGUUUGUAUUUGCUAGUCAUAGUUUUGAUGUUUGGGAAAAUUGGACACUAGAAGGUUCCUUACAGGAAUGCAGACUGGUGAACUGCAGAAACCCAUCAGCUGUUUUGGAUGUACGCGUUGAGAUAUUGGCAACUGUAGGCGAAGAUGGAGUUACUCGUUGGGUUGAAUAGAGAAUGAUUCUAGGUCUGUAAUACUCAAAAAGGAGCUUGUAAAUUACUCCUGUCACGUGAUUUGAUGAUCUUUCAAAUGUUUCUUCGUCAAAAGAUUGGAAUGUAUUUAUAGUGUAGAGCAUAACUUCUUCUUCUUUUGCUUCUUUUUCUUUAUUAUUUAUUGAAGAAUUUCAUGAGAUUUCAUUUUGUGAUGCACUCGGCCCUCGUGUGAUGAUCUUUUGGUUGUCCUGUAACACUUAUUUAUUAACCUUCUCAAGUAUUGCACCAGUCGAGCGA